AUGGGUGUCCAGAAGAAGACCCGCAAAUUUGCAGUAGCAAAGCGCACCAUUCAGCUUCGUGAUAGUCGUCUGAAGGCGAAUGAAAAAACGGACAAGAACGAUAAAGCCGGUAACUCUGGCAAGGAUGAAGCACCGCAAGCUCCGUCGUCCCUCUUUUUCCAAUACAACACCGCACUCUCCCCACCCUAUUCAGUGCUAGUCGACACCAACUUUAUCUCUCACACUAUUCAGCACAAACUGGAGGUCAUUCCGACCAUGAUGGAUUGCCUAUAUGCCAAGUGUAUUCCCAUCAUCACCGAUUGUGUCUUGGCAGAGUUGGAGAAACUAGGUCAAAAAUACCGUCUGGCCUUGCGUGUGGCUAAAGACCCACGAUUUGAGCGAAUCAAAUGCGACCACAAGGGAACGUACGCGGAUGACUGUCUGGUUGAUCGUGUCAUUAAGCAUCGUGUCUAUAUCGUUGCCACUAACGAUCGUGACCUCAAACGACGUAUUCGCAAAAUCCCUGGUGCACCGAUCAUGAGCGUCGCUCGUGGAAAAUACGUCAUUGAACGACUCCCCGAUGCCCCCGAAAAAUGA